AUGGAACAUCUUAAGAUGCUGAGACUGUUAUCCUAUUUGCUUGGCUUAUUCAUUUUUCCAAGUGUUCAAGGAGGAAAUGAGUUCCAUUCAAAGGAUGAGUCGUUGUGCGUUCUCAAAGAUGCACCUCAACAGUGUGGCUCCUUUUGCCUGGCCGCACUCAACCCGAUAUUCGACGAUACUGAUAGUAUGCGAAUGACGUUGGAUGAAAUCAAGGCAGGGCAGUCAGCUCUUAAUGCUAGGAUGACCACGUUGCAAGGACAAGAGGAUCUGCAGGCCGGACUCGAUUCGAGAUUCAAGCUGGCGGAAGAACAACAUAUGGCGGUAAACUCCGAAAUGAAGAACCAAUUGCAGGAACUUGGAAGAAGAGUAAGCAGGACCACCACAAAAACAGAAUUCGCCAAUUCCAUUAAGGCUUUGCAGACCAAGCUGGAUGCGAGAUUGAACAGAAUGGAGGAACUUAUGAAGAUGAAAAUAACAGCCAAUGCCAACGAUGAACUUAAAACCCAAGUCAAUUCUUUGAAAGAUACAAUAAAAGACUUGCAAAGUCAGUUAAAAAUAUCCGAAGGUCAAAUCAAAAGCAAAGAAGAUAUUUUAAAAGUGAAAGAGGAGGACCUUAAAAAUAGAGAUGAACAAAUCUCGACCCUUACGACUCAAAUAAAAGCUAUUGAGAAAACAAAAUCAGAACUAUCUAUUCAGUUUUCUGAAUUGCAUAAAUAUUACGACAUUUUAUCUGACUCCUGUCCCAAUGGCAGUCCCAAUGGGAUUUACCAAAUAAAGCUUCCGAGUCUUGAACCCUUUGAAGUGCCAUGUGCGACGUCUCCACGUGGUUGGACUGUAAUUCAGAGACGCAUUGACGGAUCCGAGAACUUCGAGAGAAACUGGCAUGAUUAUAAAUCUGGAUUUGGGAAUGUCAGGGGAGAAUUCUUCAUCGGGCUGGAAAAAUUGCAUCGGAUGACUGAGGCACGACCCCACGAACUCUACAUCAAACUUGGGAUGGUUGACGGAUCCACCAGCUACGCUCAGUAUGAUGACUUUAAGAUUGGGAGUGAGGAGGAAGGCUACGAGUUGAAGAAUCUAGGGAAAUAUUCUGGUGAAGCUGGAGACUCACUCACAGAAAAUGAGCACCAAAAGUUCUCCACAUUUGAUCGGGAUAAUACUAUCAAUGCUUUCAAUUGUGCCUCUAGAUAUGGUGCAUGGUGGCACAAUGCCUGUUCAUUCAGUUCGCUCAAUGGAGAAUACUUCAAAGAUGGCAAAGGAUAUUACGGAAUUCUUUGGUACUCAUGGCAUAAAGAUUGGUCUGAAUCACUUACCUUUGUCGAAGUGAUGAUAAGGCCCAAGUCCUUAUAA